AAGAGCGUUUGACAUCGAUAAAUGCGUGCGAGUGUUCGCGAAGCGCGGAGGUGCCAAGCUAUCGCUCGCUCGCUCGCUGGUUUGCUUGCUCCGAAUCGUCCGUGAAUCGUCGUUAUUUGAGUCACCGUGUUCCUCGGUUGUUAUUCUCGUCAUCGUGAUCGCCGUUUGAUCGCUUGUUAGCGCGCUCGCUCUCUAUUCGCGUUCGGCAUUGUUCGUUGUCCGAUCAGCUCGCUCCCACCCCUCGCUACCGCCGCCGUCGUGCGCCCCUCCGCCCCCGUGGGAAACCUGUGAGAGAGCUAGUAGUGCUGGGCAGUGCUGAUCAUCCACAUAACACAGUGAACAGGCAUCAUUUGCAAUCGCGGUAAAUGUGAUACACACGGCGAGGAAGGAGCAGCGGAAAACAAGAGAAGUAUUCUGACAGGAAGAGAAGAAGAGGAGGUGUAAGAGACAGCUGAGUAAUCGCAACCAAAUCAGAAGCACAUCGCAGAAUACGAUUUCUAACGUAUCUAAAAGGACGCUGGGUGCUAAGGAACAUUUAAGCGAAAGGAUUCAAGUGUUAAAGACAUUUAGUGAUUGAUAAAGGAAAUUGUGCAACGGUUUGCAUACGAAAGAGAGAUAUUCGAGCCGAUUCGUUAAUUGGAAUUUGAUGGAAACGAUUGGAGCAAAGUCCAGCAACGACAAUUAAACAGGAGAGAGAAGACUUUAACCGGAAUAUUUGUUGAUUUUUAUUAUUCGUGACACAGACGCGCAAGAAAACUGUUCGUGAAUCAAAUAGAAGCAGCAGUGCAGAAGGAACUUUCCACACAUUUAUAUCGGCUGUCCGCCGCUACCGCCGCUGCCGCCGCCGCCGUCUUCGUCGUCAUUGUCGUCAUUGUCAUCGUCAUCGUUCGCGGAUCGGUGCACGCUUUUCGUUCGGUACGCGUCGUCAUCACUGCUCGUGCGCGUUGUUGAGCGCAGUUGAACGCGGUCCGAAGGAAGCCGAACACGGAGUCGUUCGAGGCGGCGCGGCGUGGCGGCCGAAGACAUCACGAUUACGUAUCUCGCAGCCCUCUCUUCCUUCAUCUGUGCGGCCGUCGUACGCGCACGUGCGCGUCUGUGUGUGUGAGUGUGGUGCGUGCAACGCGUGUGUCGUGUCUUUUGUCGCGUGUGUUGGCGCGAGAGCGUGCGGCAGAGGGAAAAAGGAGGAAGUACGCGUGAACGGAAGCCGCCAGGAUUACGCCAAACCGGGGAAAUAUGAGCAUUGCUGCCCUACUGCAAGCCGCUGAGUACAUUGAACGAAGGGAAAGAGAAGCUGAACAUGGCUACGCUUCAACGAUGCCAAUACCUGAUGAUAUGCGAAUGGUUGCAAAGAGGUCAAAGACAAAGAAAUCCCAAGGCAGCAGAACGACUCAUAACGAAUUGGAGAAAAAUAGGAGAGCCCACCUUAGAACUUGUCUCGAGAAGCUGAAGUUGUUAGUGCCACUCGGGCCUGAAACUUCGAGGCAUACCACGUUGGGCCUUUUGACUAAGGCCAAGCGUUUUAUCAAGAGCCUGGAGGAUCGCGAGCGCAAACAUGCCAUACACAAGGAGCAGUUGUCGCGCGAGCACAGGUUCCUGAAACGACGGCUCGAGCAGCUGACGAGCCUGAAUGGCCUUCACGCGCUUCACGGCCUCCAUGGGCUCAGCACGAGCGCGCCGACCGGAUCCGCCACCGCUGCGGCCGCCGCUGCCGCCGCCUCCGCUGCGAUGCUAUCCAAGCGGCGCAGCAUUUCCGAAUGCUCCCUAGGCACGGCGUCUACUAGUUCCACCGGGAGCUCCAGGAACUCCGACAGGUCUGCGGGCAGCCCAUCUAUCUCGGAGUCCGAUGAAGUGGACGUAAUUGGUUACACGAGCAAUCAAUCGGACACCGAUGAUCAUAGUAGCGUACAAAGUAGUAGCGACAGCGGUGUCGCAAUGUCCACCUCCAGGCUGACUCUUUCCGAGAUGGACAAUCUUUAGACAAACAGGCGGCGUGAUGGCGGCGAAAGAAGAAGCGGUUAAAGAAGAAAAAGAGAAAAGGACAGGGGAGGGGGAGGGAGAACGAAAAGAAGAAAGAUUCAUCAGGGCGUACGAAAAUUGACGGCGCGCGAGAUAUCGAUUCAUACACACUUAAACAUAAUACACACAAAAUACACAUUUAGAUUCAUAUUCGUACAACUUUGUCCUUCCAAAAUGGCCUGGCUGGCGAAGAUUGGAGAAUGAAGUCCUUGACGCAUCGCUCGACUUUGCGAACCUACAAAAAAUGGGAGAGAUUUCGGCAAUCAUCGAGGAAAUCAAAGGAGAUCGGUCGUUAGGAAGUGACUAUGCAAACCCUAGAGAAUAUUAUGGCAUGAAGAAAUAAAAUUAAAAAAAGAAAAAAAGAUAUCAUCUUGGUCUUAGCCUACAAUGUAAAAGAGACAAGAGAAGUCUUUGAUGCAUCCAUUAAAAAGAAAUCUGCGGAGAAGUUGAAUAGCUGACUUAAAAAAAAAAGGAAUAAUCUAUCAAUUAAUUUGAUAAGUGAAGACAAAAAAUUAUUUGAAGACAAGAAGAAGAAACGGUCUAUCCUACGGAAACGUUCGUCAAUAAACUUGAAAGAAAUAGGAGAAGUGAAGAGCAAGUUGAGCGAAAGAAAAAAAAAGAAUAGAAAAGCAGAAUAUGUAAAACAUAAGUCUUGUCGCGAAUUAUGUUUUACAUUCUUAGAGGAGAACAACAUCUGGAAAUGUUCUGGAAAACGGAAGA